AUGGAUCUUGAACUUCAUUGUCCAUCAUGUAAACAAUAUUAUCAAUCACCUAUUUAUUUACCGUGCUCACAUUCAAUUUGUUAUGCUUGCGCAUUAAUUUCAAUUCGAUCAAUAAAUACAAUUGAACAAGACAAUUCUUCGUCAAAUAUUUCAUUAGCAUCUGAUCUUGAUAAACUUUCUCUAACAAGUGAUAAUGAUUCAGGUAUAUCAUCAACCAGUCGUCCAUCUAGUUUACUAUUACCACCAGCUUUACCUGAAAUAUCAUGUUUAUCAAUAACUUCUAAUCAUAAGAAAAUGUAUGCGUUUUAUUUACAAUGUUCUGUGUGUUCAAAAAAUAUUUAUAUGGACACAUCAGGUGUGAAAAGUUUACCAAAAAAUUAUCUUCUUUCUAAUAUUAUUAAUCGUUAUCAAAGAGAAAAAUCUUAUGAAGAAAACGGUUUAAAAUGUCAAUUAUGUCCUCCUUCAGAUCAACAAUCGAUUACACGUAUGUGUGAACAAUGUCGUAUUGGAUAUUGCAAUAAAUGUCGAGAACAAUAUCAUCCAAUGCGAGGACCCUAUUCUAAACAUGUUUUUAUUGAUCCGACAGAACAAAUCUUCCAUCAGAAUGAGAAAUUUUUCUGUCAUGAUCAUACAAAUCGUUUAGCCGAUUUUUAUUGUACUCAUUGUCAAUUAGAAUGUUGUCAACAAUGCUCAAGUCAUAUAAAUCAUCAAAUGAUAUCGAUUCAUCAAGCAAAUAAAAUGUUUAAGACUCAGCUUUCAUCACAAUUACAUGACUUGUCGCAAACAGCAAAAUAUAGUGCUGAUUUUCUUACUAAAUUAAAAUUAUACCCUGAUUAUAUUAAGAAAAAUGCUGAAUUAUUUCAAACAAAUAUAAUCAAAGAAAUUGAUAAUCUCAUAUUAACAUUAGAAACUAAAAAACAAGAAUUACUAAAAAUUAUUGAUGAUGAAAUUGAAAGAAAAAUAUCAUUGAUACACGAACAAUAUUUAUCCUAUAAUGAACAUCUACAACGAACAACAGGAUUUUUACAAUUUUCAAUUGAAGCAUUAAAACAAUCAGACCCAUGUGCUUAUCUUCAAGCAUGCCAUGGUUUAAAUAGUAAAUGUUCAUAUUUACAAGGAAGUUUCUCUGACGAGUAUGAUUCCAAACCACACACUUCAUAUGAAAUUGAUUUUACAUUCAACACUGAAUGUCUCAAUCGAGAUAUUCAUCGCUUACAAUUCCAACCAAUUAAGCCACCCUCAUCACCACGUUUCCAAGCUGAACAAUGUGUGUGUCAUGAUAAUGAAUCCGAAACCUGUUCUGGCAUGCUUGCCUGGUCAAUUCAUGAUAUUGGAGCUAUCCAGGGUUUCGUCCUUGAAUUAGAUAAUGGAACAAUCGGUUCAGAAUUUCGACAAAUAUAUGAUGGUAAUCAAACAAUGUGUGCCAUUGAUGGACUUCUUCCAUCAUGUGUUUAUACAGCAAGAAUAAAAGCUUACAAUCAAGUAGGUGAAAGUGCCUAUAGUGAAUGUAUAACACUUCAUUCAUCUUCGGUUGAUUGGUUUACAUUUAAUCCUCGUACAACACAUCCUGAUAUAAAGUUCAUAUCAAAUGACUUUCAGUCUAUAACAUGUCUUAGUUUACAAGAACGCAUAGCACUUGGUUCACGAGGUUUUCGUCAAGGUCUUCAUUAUUGGGAAAUAACUAUACAAUGUUAUGAUGAUAAACCUGAUCCAGCGUUUGGCAUAGCUCGUUUUGAUGUAUCAAAAGAUAAUAUGCUCGGUAAAGAUUGUAAAUCUUGGUGUAUGUAUAUAGAUAGCCAACGUUCGUGGUUUAUGCAUAAUGGACAACAUACAAAUCGUAUUAAUGGUGGCAUAUCUAUUGGGUCCGUUAUUGGCAUUUUGUUGGAUUUAAAUAAUGGUACAUUAAGUUUUUAUGUUAAUGAUCAACCACGUGGAUCAGUUGCAUUUUCAAAUUUAACACAAGGUGGUGUCUAUUAUCCAGCUGUUAGUCUAAAUAAAAAUGUACAAUUAACCCUUGAUUCUGGGCUUGAUCUACCUUGA